AUGUCGAAAGACGAAGGCCCAAUUUGCAAGACCAUCUUGGCCGGCACCAUCGCCAAAGGACUCCUUGCCGAAGUCCAGGCCGGUCUGAGCAAACUUGAUCGCAAACCGCAUUUACUCGGAGUACUUGCCAAUGCCGAUCCUGCUGCCAAAGUGUACGCAGACUGGACGGAGAGGACGUGUAAAGAAAAUGGCUUCGCAUACACCCUCAAGUCGGUCGCGAAGGACGACGUCGAGGAGACGAUCAUGGCGGCCAACAACGACACGGCCGUCGACGGGAUCAUCGUGUACUACCCGAUCUUCAACAACCGACAGGACCAGUACCUGCAGCAGAUUGUCGACGUGUCCAAGGACGUCGAGGGCCUGAGCCACCAGUACAUUUUCAACAUGUAUCAGAACAUCCGGUUCCUGGACGACGAGCAGGCGAUGAAGUCGGUCCUGCCCUGCACGCCGCUGGCCGUGAUCAAGAUCCUCGAGUACUUGCACAUUUACAACACCAUCCUGCCGUACGGGAACAGGCUGUUCGGCCGGACGAUCUGCGUGGUCAACCGCUCCGAAGUCGUCGGGCGGCCGCUUGCCGCGCUGCUGGCCAACGACGGCGCAAGUGUCUACAGCGUCGAUGUCACCGGUGUGCAGCUGUUCACGCGCGGCGAGGGGAUACGGAAACGGAAGCACGAGGUCCAUGAGAAAGAAGGCUGGAGCUUGGAGACGUGUGUGCCGCUGUGUGAUGUCGUGGUCACGGGAGUGCCGGGGGACAAAUUCAAAUUCCCCUGUCACUUGCUCAAGGAGGGCGCGGUGUGUAUCAAUUUCUCAAGUGAAAAGAACUUCCCGGCCGAUGUCAAGCAGAAGGCAUCGAUAUACGUGCCUGCGAUCGGAAAAGUGACCAUCGUCGUCCUGCUGCGGAAUUUGUUGCGCAUCGUACAGAACAAGCAGGCGCGAAUCGCGAAAAGUCAUCCUACGACAACGGACGCGACGCAGACAGAAGGGAACGACAAGGCUUCAUGA